UGGAGCUCCUCCAGUUAGAAUAUAAAAGCUGGGACAGUCCCACUGCUGAGACACAAAGCAACACAGAGGAGAAGAGACACUUUAACAGAGAUUCAUCUCUCAACAAGACCAGUCGACACUCAACACUCAGUGAAGAUGCUGUGCUCUGGUGGACUCCAGUCUGCACUCAGUCCAUUGAUGGACUUGUACUGGCCUGUACGCAGUCUGUGGCCAGAGGUCAGACCUCUGCUCUACCAGCAGGAUCUACUGCAGAGAAACCUACAGGAGCUCCGCAGCAGCCUGGAGCUGAUGGACAAACUUCAACAGGACAUCCUGGAGGAGACGGAGCCUUUCCAAAGCGCUGUGGCCGUACAACCGCUCUCCUACCAGCUGGAGAAAGAGGGAGAGCGCUUUGGCCUGACCCUGGACACUCAAGGCUUUUCCCCAGAGGAGCUGUCUGUCAGGCAGGUGGGCAGGAAGCUGAGAGUCAGCGGGAAGACAGAGAAGAAGCAGGAGGACGAGGAAGGCUCCUACUCUUACAGAUGCCACCAGUUCAGGCGGGAGUUUGACCUGCCCCAAGGGCUGAACCCUGAAGACGUCACCUGCUACCUGGCUCCAGACGGGAAGCUCCACAUCCAGGCGGCCCAAGAUCCACGUGUGGAGGAGGCUGAGAGAGAGCUGACUGUCAAGAGGAGCUCGGAGGAGAACACACAGCAGAGUGUGUGUUCACACAGAGAAGACAGCAGCAGCAGCAGCAGCAGCACAGAGACAGACAACAGCACACAGGACAAACCUCAACACAUGGACUCAUCUGCAUGUUGUUAACAUGGAGUUUAAAUAGAAAUGUGUUACAUGAUGAUCAGAUCUGUGCCUUUGUAUUUGUAGACCUGAUGAGACCUGAUGAUAAAUAAAAAUAUUUAU